CCCCUCCGGCUCGCCAUACGGAGGCUUCUCUUCCAAGAUGGCGGCGCCCAGCGGAGCAGGCGCCAGCUGGCUCUGGGCCGGGCUAGUCCCCGUUCUCCUCCUGUUCGCCGCGGCCGAAGAGGGGCCCAGCACGGCCGAGUUCGACGUGCGGCCCGGCGGGAUGGUCCAUUCCUUCUCCCGGAGCCUGGGGGAUUACACCUGCACAUUUACAUACGCUUCUCAGGGAGGGACUAAUGAGCAAUGGCAGAUGAGCAUUGGAGUCAGUGAAGAUGACAAGCUCUUUUCCUGUUCAGUGUGGAGGCCUCAGGGAAAGUCUUAUCUCUUCUUUACCCAGUUUAAAGCUGAAGUGAAAGGAGCAAAGAUAGAGUAUGGCAUGGCUUAUUCCCAAGCUGCAACGGGUGGACAGAGCGACAUCCCCUUAAAGGCGGAGGAAUUUAAAAUCACCGAAACCACAGUGGCUCACAAAGAAGGCAAGUUCCGUUCCGAACUGUCCAAACUAGUGAUUGUAGCGAAAACGCCCCAUGACGAGUUGUGAUCCGGGGACCUAGGGAAGGGGCUUGUGUCUCAGCUGGACAAGCUUGGUGGAUAAAGGGGACUUGUUCUUAAUUACUGGUUGUCUAGGGUGUUCUUUCCUGUUUCCCACAUUGAAGUAUAUCAGGGUCUGCUCUGAACUGGACUUGGAGGUGUUAAGUGAGACACCCUCUGUCUUGUGUCAGAGUAACCAUGUGCCUGAGGUGGUAGAAGCCUUUGCAGCUGGAGACUUCUUCUGAGAUUCUUGAUCUGUAGCCAGCCAUUCUGUUGCCUGCUUUCUGCUUCAGUGAUCAGCUGAAUAGGGUAAAACUCUCCUCUAGCUGUGUCUCCUUAUCUUCCUUGCUAAGCAGAGCAAUGCAGAAAGAUAAGGAGCAGGGUUUGCUAAAGGAAAGUAGUUAACUCUCUCGUCUCUGGAGAGGGAAUAAGAUUUCUGCCGAGAAGCGUGACAGGAAGAACAGAUUCAAUGGGGGGGGGGGGUACAGAACCGGCCAAACCCAUUCACUUUACUAUCUGGUGGGUGAUCACCAAAGAACAGCAUUUGGUGAGCUGAGGAGGAAAAACUCUGCUCUGUUGCCCAGAUCAGAAUUUGGUACCUUGCCAUAAGAAAAGCAAAGCGGUGGGGUUCACACAGGCCUCGUUUAUUCCGAUAGAACACAGAAAUCCAUCCAAUGAGGCAUCCAUUAUUCAAUACAAUUCUGCGACUAUUUUCGUAUAUACUGAAGUGAUUUUCUUAUUUAGACUAAUAACUGUGAAGGAAUCCAGAAUUCCCUUCAUAGGUAUAUAAAAAAUAAAAUAAAGUAAAGCA